CUAAAGUACAAGCAAGCAACCCCUUCCGAUAUUUAGUAGUUGAAGACAGUCAUCGGAAAAAAUGGAGGACAAUAAUAAAAUGGUAUCGGAGGUCCGAAAGGCGCGUGCGUUGGCUGUUAAUCUAGCAAGAGAAGUCGACAUGAAGAAUCAAAAGAUAUGGGAAAUGGAACGCUACAUCGAAGACAUCUCUUCCCGCCUUAAUUCCAUGAUUGCUGAGAAAGAUCGCAUGAAUCAUGCCUUUUCUGAAGAAAUGAGAAAGAUGCAGGUGAUUGGAAUGCAAAAUGCCAAAUUAAAAAGUGAAUUAGAGUGUCAAAUAAGUAACAUGCAUUUGCUUGUUCAAGAAAGUGAAAACUUAAAGGAGGAAGUGGCAUGUCAAAGAAAAGAACUUGAGCAAAGAGCUAAUGAGCUGCAAAAAAGAGAGUCGCAACUUGAUAAUGAACGCACGAGCUUUUACCUAGAAAAGGAAAAGAUAGCUCAAAAUCCGUUUGAUAGCGACUAUAGUAUGACGGUCCAUAUUAAUGGAUUAAGAGAUAGACUGACUGAAAAAGAGGAAGAAUUGCAUGAUAUGGACAAUUUAAAUCAAACUCUAAUACUUAGAGAACACAUGAGCAACAAUGAGCUACAAGCUGCCCGAAAGGAACUAAUAAACGUUUUGCCUCAUAUUUUGGAAUCGAAUAGCGUAAUUGGCCUGAAAAGGAUGGGUGAGGUUGUUCAAAAACCUUUUCAAGAUGUGUGCAUGCAGAGGUUCUCUGCUCAAGAUUGGGAGUUGAGAUCGGUGGAAUUAAGUUCAUUGUGGCAAGAUAAAGUUAAUAAUCCAAAUUGGCAUCCUUUCAAACAAGCUGUUAAAGAUGGGAGAAUGCAGGAAAUAAUAGACGAAGAUGACAGCGAUUUGAGGGAAUUAAAAAGUCAAUGGGGUGAGGAAGCAUGCAAAGCUGUAGUCAACGCACUGCUGGAAUUAAACGAGUAUAACCCGAGUGGCAGGUACGUAAUAUCGGAGCUUUGGAAUUUUAAGGAGGGUAGAAAAGCUAAUCUUAAAGAGGUUAUUGAGUGUUUAAUCCAGCAAUUGAAGGCUAGCAGGUCACUUAAGCGUAGAAGGGAGGGUCAACGGUAAAACUAAGUUAUGUUUAUUGCAUACAGGUUAGAGUUAGUAGGUACUUGAAGAAGUUAACAAGUGAUGUAAUUUUUGUAUGGUAAGUUAAAUUUACAUCAAGUAGUUACUUGAAGUUAACAAGCGAUGUAACUUUUGUAUGCCAAGUUAUAUUUACAUCAAGUAGUUGUUGAUUUA